AUGGGAAGGGCUAGGCUCCGAGAAAGCGAGAAAGACGCAGGCUAUUGCCACCUCUUCGUCGAAAAUCUGGAAGGAGCGGCUCUCGAAUGGUUCUCUCGUCUUAGGCGAAACUCCAUCCGAAGUUUCCGCCAGCUUGCAUCAGCGUUUCUCAAGCAAUAUUCUAUGAUCAUAGAUAGAGAAACGUCUGACGUGGACCUCUGGAGCCUCUCCCAGGGAGAAGACGAGCCUCUCCGCGAUUUCAUGAGCAUAUUCAAGAUUGUCAUGUCAAGGGUUAGCGGAAUAAGCGACAAAGUGGCCAUAGACGCGCUCAGAAAAUCGCUCUGGUACAAGUCAAAAUUCAAAAAGUGGAUAACCCUCGACAAGCCACGGACGAUCCAAGACGCUCUCCACAAGGCAACAGACUACAUCAUGAUCGAGGAGGAGACGAAAGUUUUGUCACAAAAGCAUAAGCCGACGAAAGGCUCCUCAAAGGACGUAGAUCAAAAACCCAGAAAGAAGAACCCUCGUAACGACAAGUAUGUCCAUCACAAGGGAGAAGAGCUUCAAGGGGCGCAUAACUAUGCGAUCAACCCCGAGCAGGGUAGAACUUCGGGGAACACGUGGACCCGCAACCCUGGGUAUGACGAGAACACCUUCUGCGAGUUCCACCAGACCCGAGGACACUCAACCACCAACUGCAAAGUCCUGGGAGCGAGACUGGCCGCAAAACUGCUUGCCGGAGAACUCUCCGAGAACAACUCGAUAACUUUCGAGGAGGAAGAGGCCGGCGGAAUCGAUCAGCCGCAUUGUGAUCCGCUCGUCAUAGAUCUCGUCAUACAAGAUCUAGAGGUCGCAAGAGUUCUCAUCGAUACGGGGAGCACGGUCAACGUUAUCUUCCGCGAUACUCUCAAGAGGAUGAACGUUGAACUCGGAAAAAUUGUACCAACGCCAAAACCGUUGACAUGCUUCUCAGGGGAGACGUCAAUGACUCACGGAUCGAUCCAGCCGCCAGUCAUGGACAAGGAAGUCACAAAUAUCAUCGACUUCGCGAUGGUCGCCCAUCCCGCCAUCUAUAACGUGAUCAUGGGAACUCCAUGGAUAAACGACAUGAAAGCCUUCCCAUCUACAUAUCACUUGGGAGUCAAAUUCCCAACCCAAAACAGAAUCGCAGCCAUCUGGGGUUGUCAGAAGCAAUCACGACUUUGCUUCCUUGCGGAACAUAAGCUAAGACAAGCUACGACUACCGAAAUGACAAAACGCAAGCGCACGAAGAUAACUCAGCCUUCAGCUGAAAACACUUCGACGAAAGACGACUUACCAUCGUCUGCUGAAGAAACCAGCUAG